UUCGAGUCAUACAGUUCUAAGCUGUGAAGCAGUAAAUUAAAAAUGUUCACACCAAAGAUAUUCGUCUUUGCGAUUUUAAUAAUCAGCGUCAGCUGUAGAUACAUAAGCGAAGAGCAAAGACCAUAUCUCGUCAUUGAAGAUGAUGAUAGUAUCAGAAUAUUUGCUUUAGAAGACGAACCUGAUGCAAAUGAAGUUGAAGAGUUACAUCCAAUAAGAGUAAGAAGGCAAGUACAUGGCAGUUUGAGUUCCAACCUUGAUGGAAGUUCUAACGUCGCAGCAAAGAUACCAAUAGCAAGAGGUGACAGUAAUAUAUUAAGUGCCAUCGGUUCAGUUAACGCCGCUGACGGCAAGGGAGGAUUCGGCUCAGCUGGUGCUGGCUUGGCUUGGGACAAUAUCAAGGGCCAUGGAGCAACUUUAACUGGGAGCCGCAUCCCCGGUCUUGCCGACCAGCUGACCGCUACCGGCAAAGCUAAUAUCUUCCACAACGAUCAUCAUGACCUCACCGCGAGUGCCUUCGCCACGAGGACCUUCCCUGACAAUCCCAACAUCCCCACCUUCGAUAAAUAUGGCGGCAAAGUUGGAUACACAUUCAAUGACAAGAUCGGAGCAUCCUUGGGCGCAGCGCAUACGGACCUGUUCAAGAAGACCGACUACUCAGCAAUGGGCAACCUGAAUCUGUUCAAAGACCGCACCUCCUCUCUGGAUCUGAACGCUGGCUGGAGCAAGUCCGUCUCCCCUUACAUGCCUAGCAGCAGAUGGGAGCCCAGUGGUGGACUUUCCUUCACUAGAUUCUUCUAAACUUUGUUAAUAUCUUAGUGUAACUUAUUUUAGUAUUCUUAGUAAAUAAAUAGAUAUGUAGUUA